GAUUCGGCUCUGACUUCGGAGACGAAAGCACAGACUUGGUCCUUGUUUUCUUUAAUAUCGCAGAAUUCUCUCGGAUUUUGGUGUAUUUCCUUCAUCGAAACAUCGCUUUGAUUGCUCUCCAAACUGCAGAGAUUUACUCAUUUUUCUUUGAACAGUUUGAUACUUGUUCUACCUUUCAAGAAACAAGUCGAAGAGUUGCUGAAGAACUGAAGUUGAGGAUAGCGGACACCUCCCACCGUCGAACGGGCUACGUAAGCGUGAAAAAGAGGCGUGUACCGGCUGAGAAAAUGGCAGAGGGCCCAGCGGCGGCUGCUGCAGCGACUGGAAAUAGCACACGAGAGGAACGUGAAGAUCUUCUUCUCUAUAGAAGUGAGAUCGAUGGUUAUGGAUUCAAAAGACCAGAUGACUUUGAUUAUGAGACGUAUGAGGAAUUUAUGAAGCAGUAUCUAUCCGUUUUAGCCCGGAGAGCAAAGAAAUGGGAAAUUGUGAUUAAAGGAAGUCAGAAAGUUAAGAAAUCAAGAAAAAUGAAGCGGUACAUCCGUAAGGGUAUCCCAUCGGAACACAGAGGGACGGUGUGGAUGAUGGUGAGUGGUGCGCUUAAACUCAAGAAGAAAAACCCGGGUUUAUAUCAACAUCUUCUAGAUGCUCCUAAAGACCCAGAUAUUGUAGAAGUUAUCAAUAUAGAUCUUCAUCGAACAUUCCCAGAUAACAUUCACUUCAGCAACGAUGCCCAGUACAGCAAACGAACAGCCUUGUCUAACGUUCUUGUAGCAUUUGCCCAUCAUCGGCCCGAGGUCGGUUACUGCCAGGGUCUCAACUUCAUUGUCGCCCUCAUGCUGCUUGUCUUACAAGACGAAGAGAAUUGUUUCUUUUUACUGCUUCAGUUAACGACCAACAUAUUGCCAGAUUACUAUGUACCUCACAUGAGUGGCUUAAAGACAGACCAGGAAGUACUUGGUGAGCUGAUCAAAGAGAAAUGUCCUGACGUAGCCAGGCAUAUGGAGAAAGAACAGGUUCCUUGGUCAAUACCAACCACCAAAUGGUUCAUCUGUCUCUUCUUAGAUGUACUUCCCGUGGAGACGGUACUAAGAAUAUGGGACUGUCUAUUCUACGAAGGUUCCAAGAUCCUUUUCAGAGUCUGCCUUUCACUUAUCAAAAGAAACGAAGAGGAGAUCAUCAGAGCCACCAACAUUUCAGCGCUCGUCGAUGUCUUCAAGAAGGUCACAGCAGCAUCCGCAAAUAUCGACUGCCAUACAUUCUUAGAGGAAGUAUUCCAGAGCUCACAGCCACUGAAGAGAGGGACUAUAGAGAAGCUCCGCUACCUCUGCAGACAAAGAGUUGAACAAGGGCCAUAGGUCAAAGGUCAAAAUUAUAUCAAGGACAUCCUGCCAGUAUACAACUACCAAAGGUCAAAGUGAUUGUAAGGGAGAAGGAGAUGUUUGUUUUUCGUGAUUGAUGCUUAUCAGUGAUUGUGCUUGCCAAGAUGGCGAUGAUGACCCAACUGAUCAGGUGACCUACAUGUGAUCAGGUGACCUACAUGUGAUCAAGUGACCUACAGUUGCUCAAAAUCUGUGCCAUGUCAAUGGGAUGAUGAGGAACUUAUCUUGUGUCAAAGGUCAAAUUGAAAAGAAGAUGAUGACCCAAGUGAUCCGGUGGCCUACAGGAGCUGUAAGUCUGUGCUGUGUCAGUAGGAUGGUGAGGAGGUUAAAGGUCAUCUUGUGUCAAAGGUCAAAUGGAAAAAAGGAAUGAUGAUGAUCCAAGUGAUCAGGUGACCUAUAGGAGCUCAAAGCCUGUGCCAUGUCAAUGGGGUGGUGAAGAAGUUAAAAGUCAUCUUGUGUCCAAGAUCAAAUUGAAAGGAAGAUGAUGGCCCAAGUGAUCAGGUGGCCUUCAGGAUAUCAGGUGACCUGCAGGUGAUUGGGUGACCUACAGGAGCUCAAAGUCUGCCAUGUCAAUGAGAUGGUGAGGAAGUUGAAGCUCAUCUUUGGGUCAGAGGUCAAAUUGAAAUAAUGAAUGUCUUGUUACACGACCGGUGGGACGAAUAGGAUAUGUCAUUAUUUCACCUACUUCCUUCAGGAGAGUUUAAGACCUCUCAAAAUUGUCCAUGGAAGUUACAGCCUUUCUUCUGAUGAAAAGGUCAAAUGGGUAGGUCAGAAGGUCAAAUGGAUAUGCUGUUUGUGGAAAAGUACGAAUUGGCAUAAAUGAAAUUUCAGACAACUUCUAAAGUCACUACUACCUUGCAUCAUGUCAGCACAUUUCUAAUGAAGACUCGUCUUACAAAGAGUUGCGAUUGAUCCAAUCAAUCCUAACUCUAUGGAAAUCCAUCAGUGUCAUAA